AUGUCUAUUACCUUAGCGGAAAUCACGAAUCAAGGCAAAUUGCAAGUCAUUUCAACUUCAGAAGUGAUGUCUGCACAAGUUAGAUAUUGAAAGCUUUGAAGAUUUUCAAUGGCUUGCACAGUUAAAAUUUUAGCUCUCCAUGGAAGAUUAUCACCUGAUCUUGUAAAGUCCCAGAUUUAUCAAAAUUCAAUAGUUUGCAGAGCCAACCGACAGGAUUAUUUUUAA